AUGGAUCCCACAUACCACGAGGCGUCUGACUCUGCUUCGCCUCCAGCAACGCCAAACCCAGCUAGACUCCGCAACACCUCUGCACCACCACGCAUGAAGCUGCCCCACGGUCUUGCGCCACUCAGCCAACUCGACGACGCAAGCAGAUCCGCCUCCUAUCGAGAUGAGCGGAGGCCAUCACAGCCGAACGCGAGCACCGCAAGUAGCGAAAGCGGUGGUCUUCUCACUUCUCCAGAUGACCGAAGCCGAAAGCCGUCCAACCAAUCAUCUUCUGUCUCCUUCGCUCCUUUGCCCAUCACACGUCAACCAUCUCCAGAUGACAAGGAGAGUUUGACAGUGACCGCAACAGCAAGCCCCACUUCCAAGGACUUGAAAAAAGGAGCAGGCCUGGAUGAAGACGAGCUCAAGAAAGCCGACGGGACGUUGCUCGCUUUCAAAAAUUCGACUUCCGGUGCGAGGAGGGGAUCGGCGGCGACGAUGCUGAGCGUUGGAUCGGUCGGCGAGCGCAUGGCGGCGUGCAACCAAUCCAACAACUACAACGAUACUCUGGGAGCCUACGGUGCUGGUUCCUCAUCACUCAACUCCGAUCCCAUCACACCGUCCCGAACGCCGUUGGUGACCGAGCUAGCAGAAGGUACGGAUCCUUUGAAGUGGAGCCUGAGAUUCAAAUGCUGGGCCACCGCCGUAUACUGCCUGAUGAUCUUGUCGACGACGUACGGUUCAUCGUCAUACGCGGCAUCCGCCAUCACCGUCGAGCGGGAGUGGGGCUUGUCGAGGCCGCUGGCCACCUCCGGCACAUCCCUGUGGGUGCUCGGCUUCGCAGUCGGUCCCUUGCUUUUUGGUCCCACAAGCGAAGUCGUCGGUCGUCGUCCAGUCUACCUCGUCUCUUUCGCUCUCCUCACCAUCGCCAACAUCGUUGCGUGCGUCGCACCUGACAUCGAAGUCUUGCUCGCUAUGCGCUUCAUCGGCGGCUGCAUGGGCUCGUCGGCUCUCAACAAUGUCGCAGCAUCCAUUUCCGAUAUGGUACGAGUGCGCGACCGUUUGAGAUACUUGACCAUGUACCGUGAGUGUCGGAGACGCGACGCCAGCAUCUUGCCAUGCAUUCACUGAUCUUCGCCCCCCCACACCGUGUCACCUGUCAGGCAUUGUCUCUUUCGGCGGUCCAACUCUUGGUCCGCUCGUUGGGACCUUCCUCAACCAAGCGUCUUGGCGAUGGAACCUCGCCGUGCUACCCUUCUUUUCCUUCACCACUCUGGUGCUAUACGCUGCCACCGUGCCCGAAUCGCAUCGAGUCACCAUCGCCCGCAAGCAGCUCGAACAACGACAAAAGGAGCACGAAAAGGAGGUAGAGAAACUUUGCGAGGAGGGCAAAAUGACUCGAUCUACCGGUGACAGGAGCAAGAGAGAGCUAGGCGGCCCUUCGCUGAUGCAGCGCUACAAGACGGCUCUGUCGAUGCCUUUCGUGUUGCUCUUCACCGAGCCCAUCGUUGGCAUCGUGUGCAUCUACACUGCGUGAGUGAUUCGACAAACACGAUGAUUUGUCCCUUGGACUGACUUGAAGUUCGCGUUCUUUAUAGCCUGCUGUACGGAUUACUCUACGGCAUUAUCGCAGCUUUCCCUCUCGUCUGGCAAGAUAUUAGAGGUAGAAGCCCAGAGUAUGCAUCUACCGUUUUCCUCACACGUGAGUACCAAUGCGACGGUCAGCCUAUCCAUACCCAUUCUGACCACCGUUGGGCGAUCCAAAAUCUUCAGUGCUCGGCGGUUUCUGCCUUGGCGCCGGCCUGAUCGGAUGCUGGCUACAAGACAAGUCUUACAAACGCCAAUACGAUGCGGGAGAGGUGACGCCAGAGUCGCGAAUCGGACCUGCAACUUGGGCCAGCUUUUGCGUGCCAGUCGGUCUUUUCGUCUUUGGCUGGACGGCACCCUACGACAAGCUGGUCGGCAACCUUGACAUCCACUGGGCCGUCCCUUGCAUCGCGUUGGUCAUCUUCGCUUUCGGCAUGCAAGUUGUCUUCAACUCGUGGUUAUCCUACUUGGGCGACGCGUAUGCUCCAGUCGCCGCUUCGGCCAUGGCGGCAGCCACCUUCUCCAGAUCGCUGCUCGGCGCUGCUUUUCCGCUCUUCUUGAGACAGUGGAUGCUGGCAUGGAGCGUGCAGAUCGUCUUCUCCAUUCUGGGCGGACUCAGCAUACUUCUCUCAUUCGGAGGUCUGCUCUUUGUCCGCUACUGA